AUGCCUCCGCCAGGCAACGAAUACGCCGCCGAGCAACUCAAAAACUCCGGCAACAAAUGCUUCAAAAGUGGCGACUAUGAAGGUGCAGAGACCCUGUACUCUCAGGCAAUCCAGAAAAACUCGGCCAACCCGCUACUCUUUACCAAUCGCGCAAAUGCGAGGCUAAAGAUGGAAAAGUGGGAGGGUGUCAUUGAUGAUUGCAUUCGGAGUAUUGAAUUGUUGAAAGACAACAUGAAAGCUUUCUUCUACCUGGCACAAGCACAACUUGCCAUCAAUCAUCCAAAUGAGGCGCUAUCAUCUGCCCUUAUGGCCUACGAGUUAUGCACCACAUCGGCGCAACAGACCUCCAAUGCCGCCACCAUAUCUGCCCUAGUCCUGAAAUGUAAAAAGGCCAAAUGGGACAUUCGGGAACGGGAGCGCAUAAGAAGACGAGGGGACCUUCUCUCGGAUCUUGAGUCCAUGUUGGAGACACAGUACAAAAAAGACAUGGAUGAGAUAGAUGCUCGCAUGGAAGCUGGGGAUACUAGUCGAACAGACGGCCAAGAAGAGAAGGCAGAGCGGAAACAGGAAUUCGAAAAGAAGCGCGAUGAUCUACGAACGGCAUUUGCCAUUUCAGACCCCGACCACCAACAGAAACGCGAAGUGCCAGACUACCUUGUUGACGGUAUUACGUUUGAAAUCAUGCACGACCCGGUGGUCACAAAGAAUGGUCGGUCGUACGAGCGUGCGACGCUGAUUGAGCAUCUGAAGCGCAGCCCUACCGACCCGCUCACCCGAGAGACGCUUACAAUCAGCGACCUGAGACCGAACAUUGCACUCAAAGAAGCUUGUGAAGAGUUUAUGAGUGCGAACUCUGGGUGGGUGUAUGAUUGUGCUGCCAGCCUGCGGGCUCUGCGCGUCCGGCCCUCGAUACCGCGACAUCGCCCGACCCACCGCCCGCUGUUGCAGACACCGACGAGAUAUGCCACCAUAUCGACAACAGCCACCGAGGCCGCCACAAAUGUCCGAUCGGCUGGGACCCGCACGAAGAACUUUAUUUAUGGAACUCUGUUGGCUGUGGGGGGAACCUUUGGAUACCUGUACGUUACGGACACGCGCGCCAGCAUCCACCAAUGGCUCCUUGUACCUGCGCUACGAGUGAUAUACCCAGACGGCGAGGACGCACACCACGCCGGCACCCGGAUGCUCAAGGUGCUGCAUAGUUUCGGAAUAAACCCCAGGGAGCGUGGCGUGGCCGACUCGCAGGGUGAUCUGGCAGUCGAGGUCUUUGGUCACACAUUGAACAACCCCAUUGGAACAUCUGCGGGCAUUGACAAGGGCGCCGAGGUUCCAACGCCGCUGUUCGAUCUGGGCGCAGGCGUAGUUGAGGUCGGAGCCAUCACGUUAAUGCCGCAAGAAGGCAACCCCAAGCCGCGUGUCUUCAGGAUCCCCAGCCAGAACGCGCUCAUUAACCGCUAUGGAUUCAACUCAGAGGGCGCAGAACUGGUUGCUUCAAGAUUGCGACAGCGCGUGCGAGAGUUUGCAUACUAUGCAGGCCUGGGGCUCGACGAGGAUGCCGAACGACAGGUGCUGGAUGGCGAGGCUGGUGUACCGCCUGGCUCGCUUCAUAAAGGACGCCUCAUGGCUGUGCAGGUCGCAAAGAACAAGACGACUUCGGAAAACGACAUUGAAUCCGUGGUUCGCGACUAUGCCACUGCUGUUGGAUACGUGGGAAAAUAUGCAGAUAUUCUUGUAGUCAAUGUCUCGUCGCCCAACACCCCCGGCCUCCGCACUCUCCAGAAUGUCGAACCAUUGACAAAGCUUCUUUCGGGUGUUGUUGGCGCAGUCAAGAAGAUUGACCGUAAGACUAAACCCGCUGUCAUGGUCAAGGUCAGCCCAGACGAAGACUCGGAAGAGCAGAUAUCAGGCAUUUGCGAGGCCGUGUGGGAUUCUGGUGUCGAUGGUGUCAUUGUUGGUAACACAACCAAGAAGCGGCCAGACCCGCUUCCCAAGGGCUACCUUCUGUCCCAAUCAGAAGCGAGCAUUCUACUUGAACAGGGUGGAUACUCGGGCCCUCAGAUGUUUGAGCGCACCCUAGCUCUGGUAAAGAAGUACCGAAAGGCACUUGACGAAGGCCCAAAGCAAAUCACCCUCCCCACGCAACCUGAAGACAUCAAGCUUUCCACUGGACAAGAAUCAGGUGACGAGAACUCUGGUGCAGGACCAGCAGCAUCGUCGAAGUAG